AUUUUACUUGGUCCUAUGUAGACCUUUGAUGCGGCUUUAUGCAGAAGGAAGGUGUUCAAUAGUGACUGAUCUCCUGACAGACUCGUUACACUCAAGUGAAAUUCAGGUAUAGACUAUGGAUCCACAGCAAGGUUAUGGCACACAACCUCCCCCUCAACACAUGGGACGAGAUUCUCAAGUAUAUCCUCAGCAACAACAACAAAAUACAACCGUUGUUGUUACACAGCCUGGUGUAUAUGCCAAUCCAUUACUGGUCGGUACAGUAUAUGGAACGAGAGGAUGGUCAACGGGCCUAUUUGAUUGUAUGACAGAUUCAAACAACUGUUUGUAUACGGCCUUUUGUUACAGUUGUGCAAUGUUCGCUAUAGGUGUACGCUUGGGUGAAAACAACUGUACAAUGUGCUUUGUGCCAGCUGUUGAUAUCAACCUAAGAACAAGAAUAAGAACUCUUGGUGGAAUAGAGGGUGAUAUGUGUAAUGACUGUAUUGUUGUUGCAUGUUGUGCACAAUGUGCAGCUUGCCAGGAACACAGGGAACUACGUAACAUGGGACUGUAAAACUGGUGUGUACUUGUUUGAUAUGAUUCUUGAACU